GUAGAUUUUGAUCACAUGACCAUUUUAUUGGAAGUUACCAGCUUUGAACAGAAAGAACAAGGCAACAGCAUGGCGAACGUGUAUCCGGCCGGUAAAAAAAGAGUUUGUUAUUAUUACGAUGGCGAUGUUGGUAACUAUUAUUAUGGCCAGGGUCAUCCUAUGAAACCUCAUCGCAUUCGAAUGACCCAUAAUCUACUCCUCAACUAUGGAUUGUACAGAAAAAUGGAAAUUUAUAGACCUCACAAAGCGAACCUAGAUGAAAUGACAAAAUAUCAUUCCGAUGACUAUGUGAAAUUUUUGAAAACAAUUCGUCCGGACAACAUGUCGGAGUAUACAAAACAGAUGCAAAGAUUCAAUGUGGGUGAAGAUUGCCCUGUGUUUGAUGGGUUAUUUGAAUUUUGCCAACUCUCAACUGGUGGAUCAAUUGCUGGGGCUGUGAAACUGAAUAAACAGCAAACGGACAUCGCCAUCAACUGGGCUGGUGGCCUGCAUCAUGCGAAGAAAUCUGAGGCAUCCGGCUUUUGUUACGUAAAUGACAUUGUUCUAGCAAUCCUUGAACUGCUGAGGUACCAUCAGCGAGUCUUGUAUGUGGACAUUGAUAUUCACCACGGUGAUGGGGUGGAAGAGGCGUUCUACACAACUGAUAGAGUGAUGACUGUUUCAUUUCAUAAAUACGGAGAAUAUUUUCCUGGAACAGGAGACAUACGUGAUAUUGGUGCAGGCAAAGGCAAAUAUUAUGCUGUCAACUUUCCACUACGUGAUGGCAUUGAUGAUGAAUCUUAUGAAGAAAUAUUCAAGCCAAUUAUUACAAAAGUCAUGGAGAUUUAUCAACCAAAUGCUGUUGUUCUUCAAUGUGGGGCGGAUUCCUUGGCUGGUGACAGAUUAGGAUGUUUUAACCUCUCAUUAAAAGGUCAUGCACAAUGUGUUUCAUUUGUGAAGAAGUUUAAUAUCCCACUGCUAAUGCUGGGAGGAGGUGGUUAUACCAUUCGCAAUGUUGCCAGAUGUUGGACAUACGAGACUUCGGUUGCACUGGAUCUUGAUAUUGCUAAUGAGCUACCAUAUAAUGAUUACUUUGAGUACUUUGGUCCAGACUUCAAACUUCACAUCAGCCCAUCAAACAUGCCAAAUUCAAACCAACAGGAAUAUUUAGACAGAACCAAGGAAAGGCUUUUUGAGAACUUGCGUAUGAUUCCACACGCUCCAGGAGUCCAGAUGCAACGUAUACCUGAUGAUCACGCUAUAGGAAAUGAUAGCGAGGCUGAGGAUGAAGAGGAAGAUCGCAAACCUGAUAAGAGAAUCAGCAUUAUGGCAUCGGACAAAGAGAUCGCUAGACCCGAGGAAUACUCGGACUCCGAAGAUGAGGCGGAGGAAGGCGGAGAACGACGACAUGCCAACUCGCAUAAAGAAGACGAGCCGACAGCCAAGCGACCAAAAGUCGCCGAAAAAACCGGCGAAGCAGAAGACGUUAAAUUGAAGACGGAGCCGAAAUCAUCAAGUGCACCAACAUCAAAGACCAGCUCGCCAAAACCAGCCGCCUCACCGAAGGCUACCGACCCGAAGUCGCCAGAAAAACCCUCAAAUCCGGAACAAAAUAACGAGACUAAUGGCGAAAAAGUGGACUCGAGCUCUGCACCUGUGACCGAAAAUCAAAAUAAACCCGAGGAAACGAGCACCGACGAGAUUCAACCAAACGCCCAAGACGCGAAAAAACAACCCGGAUCCACAGACGAAGCCGCGGUAACCACGAACAACACAGAAGUUGAAAAGUCUGCCGAACCACCAGUCGCACCGCCCGAGGCCCCUCCCGAAAAUCCGCCUGCCGAACCUGCUAGUGCCCAGCCUCCUACGUCGGACGCCGCUCCCCCCGCCGAACAGCCAAUGGAAUUUUAGUCUCCAUGGUUACACAUCGAGAUCACGUAUUAACCUGGAGUCGUCGCCAUUGGGAAAUGGUAACAUUAUAAGCGGGAACGCGUGUAGUAUAGUAUAUGAUAACUUAAGUUUUAUGCGAAUAUGCAAUGAUUCACUCAGGUAGAUAAAAAUCUGCAAAUUUUCUCAUCAUAGUUAAAAAUGAUAACGGUAGUUGUUUCUGCUAUUGUCGGUUUGACUACAAGUUGAGAUCAUGAUUGUUUAUCUUGUUAAAAACAUAUUUUUUAUGCAAACCAUAUUUUCUUGCAACAACUGCAAGCGGUAACUUCAAUAUCCUCCGCCCUGAAACCUUGAAUGUAGAUAAAAUAAUUUUGCAGUAUCGAUUCGGUCCAUUAGCACCAAGUUUAGGAAAUAUUCCAAGUUUAGAGAAAGAAUCUUUUUCAAAAGUUAGUGGUUGCAGAAACCAUUCUAAAUAUGCAUACAAAAAACAUGACCAGUUCCAGUGUGGCCUGUCGUGUUCUUUCGACUUUAUUUGCUCGUAUUAAAAAAACUCAAAAUAACCUUGCAGGUAGAAUUAUGUACAAUAUUGCAGACCCUUCAUUUUACUUCAAUAUUACAGAACUCUACAUCAACUGCGGCUUCUAGAACGUUUCCAACAGCACCAACGUAUUUUAAAAUUAAGUAUGCGCGAUUAAGAAUAUCAGGAUAUUAAAAAUAUCAAGAUUUUUGGUAAAGUAAUGUUACUAUGCAAAUUUAUAUUGCUUUCAUCAUAAAUCUGAUAGGUUGUCUUGUACAGUAUUUAUACUCACUUUAAUGCUUGUAAUUGUAAUCUGUAGUGUAGUUAAACGCUUGAAUGCAAAAAUAAAGCUUUUAUUAUUCGUCA